AUGUUAAAUGUCAAUCCUCGCUUCGGAAGGGCUUUCCGUCCUCUUUACAAAACUAACUCAGGGGAUCCAUAUUCGAGCCGAGAGGGAGAUCUCUCUUCGUACAAAGCGAGACCCAGUAUCUUCACGGAAUGGAACAAAGUUGGGCAAUGGUCAGUGGCGCUUAUCACUUCGAGGGGUGUUGAAGACAUGGGAAUGCAGUUCUUGCAACUGGCCCCUAAGAAAAAGGAGUCCGCCGCGGAAGCGCCACCCAACGCGCUAGACGUGGGCUUUGGUGAACAAGCAAGACUAGAAAGGCUCGAAUAUGCGGAUCUUGCACCUGGGGAGACCAUCAGACUCUUGACUCUCCAUCCCGGAGAAUAUGGCCACCCACUGCACAUGUCUCUCUCUCAUCAUAAUAUAUCCAAUUCCCGUGACGUUCCAUCCUUCUCGGCGCUCUCGUACGUCUGGGGAGAUCCGAAACAGCCUCGACCGGCUUUCUGUGAUGGGAGAACCAUUGGCAUCACCAGGAACCUUUUUGGCUGCCUACAGCGUCUGAGACGCCCUGAUGCUGCCAGAUUACUCUGGAUCGACGCCAUCUGCAUAAAUCAGCGGGACCUCGAGGAGCGCGCAGCACAGGUUGGCAUCAUGGGCGAAAUCUAUGCCAAGGCGGAUAAAGUUUUGAUCUGGCUCGGAGAAGGGAACGAACAUACCCGCGAGGGGGUCUACGCCCUUGAAUCCAUGGCUAAGGCGUGGAGCCCCCCGCCCGACCAGCCUAUUUCUUUCUCUACAGUACUUAAAUUUGCGCGCUCUAGCCGAAUCCGCACCCUUGACUACUGGGCUCUAGGGAGACAGCAAAAGAUCAGGUCCAUCACCAACAGCGCAUGGUUUACCAGAGCCUGGACAUUCCAGGAGGUCGGCCUGUCGUCAGAUGCAGAAGUUUGGAUUGGUGAUCACAACUUGCCGUGGAAAACGCUAGUCUAUGCGUGGUUGCUCUCACUACACAUGAACUUCGAGCGGACGCUAUUCCUGAAUGGCUACGGCAGGACGGUCGAUACGGGUAGGACAUGUAUGCACGCAAUGUUUGCGUACUGGUACCUGCAAAACCACGGAAACUCCAAGGAAGUUCGUGAGUGGUGCCAGCUGUAUCGGUUGCUACGUCUGAGGCAGUUACACGAAGCUUCUGAUCCGCGGGACCUCAUCUUCUCGCUACUUUCGCUGUCUCGGACGGACAACGGCGAAAAUUUCAAGCCUAACUAUAAGUUGUCGGUAGAGGACGUCUUCACACAGGCUGCUGCCCAGACUAUCAGGGAAAGCCGAGACAUUUCGCUUCUCUCCGAGCGUGAAAGAAGGGGCGCAGAUCUAGAACUCCCCUCCUGGGUUCCGGACUGGCGCUCCCCGCCAAUCAUAAAUCCUCUCAACUCUUUGUUGCCCAGCGCCUGGAGGGAAUACCGGGUGGGCCAAGGACGACCCCAAGAUGAGCGCCUUGGAAGCAUUGAGAUAUCGGACGGCAAGACAUUGCGGCUGGCGGCAACCCACAUCGACAGUGUCAGGGUAUCUCACUCUGUCAGCCUCGAAGUACUCAAAUUACCGGCUGAAAUGAGAAGCCUCGAUUGGAGCGAAACCACCAAGGUCCUGUGGUACUACAUCCGGACAAGACUAGGCUGCGAAUACGAUUCCAGCUACGCACCAACUAGGGAACCUAUGAUAAUUGCUCUCUUGAGGACCCUUUCGGGGGACAAUUUCCCCACGUCCCCUGCGCUUGAACCGGAUGAAGCCGCCCACCGGUUUCCGCUGCACUACAGCUUCAUGAGGAACCCGCAAUGGCUGACGCUCCGGGGACACUUGCUCCGCAAGCUCCGGGUAUGGGACUACGAAGUCCCGCAGACGCACGGCAUGAAACUGGGCGGUGCACCAGAAUCCAUAAAACACGGCCUCCGUGCCGCCCAGGGCCCGGAGGCCUUACUGCCCUACCUCCCAUCCCUGCUCCGGAAAUGGAUCACGCAGUCUGGUACAUCCAUCGGAAAGUGCCCCUACAUCGGUCCCAUCCCCCGCGGAAACUCAGCCAUUAACCAGGACGUUACGAACAGCGUCUACGUCAAGAUGAUACGAACCAGAAUGAGGCGCCACUGGUUCAGUUACGUGCCCUUUCUGCCGUCCUGGGCGCAACAGAAGGCCAGGGUGCUGUACAAGGCGGUUGGAUACGUCCGACUAGAUUUGCACCGGUCGGAGCUGCUGCUGGAGCUCGUGGCGAACAUUGACAAGACGAUUCGCGGGAGGCGACUGCUGGUCACAGAGAAGGGCUACGUGGGACUUGGCAGCUUGGAUGUGCAAGCAGGAGACCAGAUCUCACUUCUGGGCAACAGCCCUGUGCCUUAUUUAGUUCGAAAGUGUGGUGAGGAGCCAGUGACUUAUCGGCUUGUUGGUAAAGAUAAGGAGGUUUCUGACGAGGGGGGGUUAAAGGUCGUUGAGAGAGUGCCUUGGUUAACAGCUAACGCGACCAAGUCAUCGAAUCAGAUUGUGUUCAAGACCUUACUGAAGCAAGCUCUUAUGUCCGAUGCAAUGACGACGCGUGCUGGCUGCAAUGGACGUGCUGGAGCGAAGCGAACCCAAAAAGGGAGGUGUACAGUUUCCCAUACUCUUUCAUCAGCGAGAGUGGCGAUAAAUGACAGUGUAGGCAGUAUGGAAGUGGAAGUACAGGAGCUACAGAAGACCUUGACUUCUGGAACAUUCCUGGUCGACCAAGAGCAAAUAUUUCCUGGCAUGGAAAAUUGCCUCAACACCCAGCUAUCGAAAGUCUAA